UCUGUGCAAGGCUGUGCUCAGCCCAGGUGGGGCAGACUGCCAAAGCAAAGCUCUCAGGCUGUCCCCUUAGUGCGCUCACCUCUCCAGGGUGCCCUGAAGGUAUUUAUCUGACUACUCACCCCUCCUUCACUUUCUAACUGGGAGCUGCACUAGAUCUCCCUGGGAUUCUCUUGCUACUUGAGCUCAGCUCGAGGGACAGAGCUGGCAAAGUGGGAUCUGCUUCCUGGACAGAGAGGUGGGAAGCAAUCCACUGGGCAUCUGCUUUGGGCAAGGGGAUGGGUAUACGGAGGGCCAGGGGAUGACCGCAACGAGGGGGCCAUGGAGGCAGGCACGCAAUUCAUUCCAAGCCGAGAAAGCCCCACCCUCGGGUCUGAGAGCACCAUGACCGAAGUUGGUUGGUGGAAGCUGACCUUCCUCCGGAAAAAGAAAUCCACUCCCAAGGUGCUGUAUGAGAUCCCUGACACCUACACCCAAACUGAGGGCGGCGCAGAGCCCCCAAGGCCUGAUGGCGGGGGCCCCAACAGCAACUUUAAUACCCGCCUGGAGAAGAUUGUGGACAAGAACACGAAGGGCAAGCACGUCAAAGUCUCCAAUUCGGGCCGCUUCAAGGAGAAGAAAAAAGUCCGAGCCACGCUAGCAGAGAACCCCAACCUCUUUGAUGACAGGGAGGGCAAAGGACAGUGAAGGGGGCCAAGGAAGAUGCUAGCACCUCCCCACUCCCUGCCAUCAGCUGGAUCUGAGACAGGAGCUCGCCACGCUGGCCUCUUUGGCCACAGCUGAAGCCUCGGGGGCAGUUGAUGCCUGCUGGCAGGAAACGUCUGGUUUUAGGUUUGUAUUUAUGUGCUCCAGCUUUCUGGAAGGCCUGAGAGAUCCCAGGUCCUCCCGCCCUCCCCCACCACACACAAAGGCACUCCAGUUCAAGGAUGAAAAGUCCCACUCAGGAAGGACAGCCCUCCUCUGAGAGGUGGAAGCAUCUGCAGGGAGGUGGGUGUGGAAGGAAUGGAACAGGGAGCUGGACAGACCUCACCCCCUCCUGGGGCACAGGGUCAAGGGUGAGUUUGAAUUGCUGCUCCCUCUACUUUCUCUACCUGUGAUUAUUCUCUGAAUCCAUUCUGAGAGUGCAUUUUCCAGAAGCCACGUGAUGCGGGGUGGCUUCCUGGAGCUGAGGCGGAGAUGCUGAACUUGAGCUCACCUCCUAACUCAGGUGGGAAACUUCCUGGAACUUUGCUCCCAGGUGUGCAGGGGGAGGGCAACCGUGGCACUCCCUAGGGGGUGCUGCAGAAGGCCAGAUUAGGGACCCCGUGGGUUCCUGCACAUACCCUCAAAGGAAAGCUACACUGUCCCGCGGGUCCAACCUCAGAAAUGGGGUGGGAGGCUCUGACAGGAGCCCUCCUCCCCCUACUAGUAUUUAAGAUGGAUCAGCCUCAGAGAUGAGUCCUGCAGCCUUGAACUUUGUUUAAAAAAAUCAUCGUAGGUUUCUUUUUGUAAUAAACAAUGCUGCAAAAGCAGAGAACCUAUUUAUGCU